ACUGCGCUCGGGGCGGGGCUUCCCGCGUCCCCUUUAAGAGGCCGCAUCACUCGCCUGUGACGUCAGGGUGUCUUUCCGCAGGAGCUCGCGUCCCGCUCUGCUCCGCGCCCCCGCGCCCACAGCCCUGGAGGCGGCGCGACGCGCGGCGGUCCUGUCAGUACGCCGCCUUCCUCGGCCCUCUCGCUCAUUUUGUUGCCACCACCUUCGGCACCCGCAGUAGUCCUCGUCUUCCCGCAGCAUGUCGGUGGCCGGGCUCAAGAAGCAAUUCCACAAAGCCACUCAGGUACACGGCCUUUAGCAAGUUGUUUAAACUUUCUGAAACUCUGAAAAUGGGAGUGUCCACUUCUGUCAAAAGUGAGUGAGAAAGUAGGAGGAGCUGAAGGAACCAAACUGGAUGAUGACUUCAAGGAGAUGGAGAGGAAAGUGGACGUAACCAGCAGGGCUGUGAUGGAAAUAAUGACUAAAACAAUUGAGUACCUUCAACCCAACCCAGCUUCUAGAGCUAAACUCAGCAUGAUCAACACCAUGUCAAAAAUUCGAGGCCAAGAGAAGGGGCCAGGCUAUCCUCAGGCAGAAGCACUACUUGCAGAAGCUAUGCUCAAAUUUGGAAGAGAACUUGGGGAUGACUGCAACUUUGGCCCAGCACUUGGUGAUGUGGGGGAGGCCAUGCGAGAACUCUCAGAGGUGAAAGAUUCUUUGGACAUGGAAGUAAAGCAGAACUUCAUUGACCCUCUUCAGAAUCUUCAUGACAAAGAUCUUAGGGAAAUUCAGCAUCAUCUAAAGAAGUUAGAAGGCCGACGCUUAGACUUUGAUUAUAAGAAGAAACGACAAGGCAAGAUUCCAGAUGAAGAACUUCGUCAAGCUCUGGAGAAAUUUGAUGAGUCUAAAGAAAUUGCUGAGUCAAGCAUGUUCAAUCUCUUGGAGAUGGAUAUUGAACAAGUGAGCCAGCUCUCUGCACUUGUGCAAGCCCAGCUGGAGUACCACAAGCAGGCAGUCCAGAUCCUUCAGCAAGUCACUGUCAGACUAGAAGAAAGGAUAAGACAAGCUUCAUCUCAACCUAGAAGGGAAUAUCAACCUAAACCUCGAAUGAGCCUGGAGUUUCCAGCUGGAGACAGUACUCAACCCAAUGGGGGGCUCUCCCACACAGGCACCCCCAAACCUUCAGGUGUCCCAAUGGAUCAGCCCUGCUGCCGAGCUCUAUACGACUUUGAACCUGAAAAUGAAGGGGAGUUGGGUUUUAAAGAGGGUGAUAUCAUAACACUCACUAACCAAAUUGAUGAGAACUGGUAUGAGGGGAUGCUUCAUGGCCAUUCAGGCUUCUUCCCCAUCAAUUAUGUGGAAAUUCUGGUUGCUCUACCCCAUUAGGAUGUUAUGUUGGCUGGCUCACCUCCUACUGACCCAGAUAGUUAAGUUUAACCACUGCUUUGGUAAUGCUGCUUAUAACACAUCCUAAGUGCAGACCACAGUGGUCCAAGUCAUCAAGCCCCACUGGUAUUGUUGGUUGACUUGUGAGACCCCACAGGAGUCAUGGUGAUGGAUGGUAUCUUCUUAGCCUGAUAGGCAUGGCAUGUGCUGUUUAAAUACCAUCUGAAACCAGCCAAUAAUGCUGUUUACACAGUUCUCAGGAGGCUAUGGGUUUUUAGAAUAUGACCAUGAGCCACAUUACAGAAAACCCAUCCAACAGAAGAUACUAUCUAUCACCCAGGGGCCAUUUCAAGGUCUCAGGUUCUCCAUUUAAAUAAGAGAAAGUCUUUGCUUUCACACCUUCCCCUCCCAAAAUAUGUGAGUCACAGAAUUGUUGAAGAAGUCUCCCUCACCAGCAAAUUUGUCUUCUGGUCUGAAUGAGUUAGUUUGUUGAAGCUAUCAGUAGAAAAGUGUUGCCUGUGGGUUCAGAGCCUUCUUUGAAAACAGUCACCUUUGUUCCUCCUCUUACUCUUAUUUCUGAGGUACAGCCAGUUUUCUUCCCUCUCUGUUGUUAAAACCAGAAGGAGAUCCUGAUUUUAUUUCUAAGUAACAUAGAUAGCUAUCAGAAUAUUGUAGGAGGGGCUAAAAAGAGAUUUUUUUCCCUUAUGAGAAAUUGCACAGAUAACUGGUUUCAAAGCUCAAAUAUCUUGCUGUACAGAAACAUGUAUGUAUUUAGGACAUUUAUGAAGGGUGUAGGGAAGGGGGAUCAAAUAAUCUUUACUUUAGUUUUAUUUGUGAAUUACAUGUCUCAUGAAUCCAUUUGUCACAAGGAGGAAAACACUAGGAAUCGUCUUCUCACUAAUUCAUAGACCAAGACACAGUAAAUGCAUUUUCCUUUCCACUUUCACCUUGUGUUCUUUGAACAUCAUUUGUGCAUAUUCUGCCCUCAAUGAGGACCAAAUAAAGAUGAUUUUUGUGCUUAGCAGUUUAAGAUGUGUGGCUGCAUAUGCAAAACUCUUUCCCAAUUCAGUUGUUACUUCAUUCCCCUAUCUUCUAUCUCAUUUUCAUUUUGUGUAUACAGUGCUGUGAGUAAGCUUAUGGGUGUUUCUUUUUAUUGUAACAGUCAUGAAGUCCUGUUAGGUAUCCAGAGUUCUAUUUAUCUAGAUGUACAGAUUCUUUCAGAGGUUUAACGUGCUGCUUUGGAUAUGCCACCUGCAGUAGUGGAUCAUGUGGAGUGAAAGGCAAAUAUUAUUGCUUAAUGUAUAAACUCUUACCAUGGGAAGCAUUGCUGUUUCCAAUAAAUAUUGCUGAAGACAGAAUCAAAGGCUCUGACCUUUUAUUUUGUGUCAGUUCUUUGGGUCUUAAUAUAGGUAAACAAGAACUCAUCUUAGUCUCCAUUGCCUUCUAAUACAAUCAAACCAGACCUGACUACAAACUCAGAUCUUCUCUACUAGUAGAAAAUUUUAAUUAUCAAGAAACAAGCUUGCCUGGCAACUUCUCAUAACCCCAGGAAGAAGGCUAUUUUGGAGAGAAGAUCAGAAAGUGUGGUGUGAAAGUCUAGAAAUUAAGCACUAUUUUAACUGAUACUGUUGAUAUCGUUGGAAGAAUGUGAUGUUCAGAUGUACAAAUAAAAUAAAUCAUUUAA